UUGCCCUUUGUUGGGUCUGACUCGGAAUAGUGGCACUUCCUUCUCAGCUAGAAUAUUUUUAUCUGGAACUGUUGUUGUCGGUUCUUGAGAUGAUACUACCGCUGAAUGUCUGUGUUUCAUUGUCUAGUCCAAGCUACACUGUGGAUAUCCACAAGGUUCCAGCAAGAGUUUUGCAGGUGCUUUGGUUCUCUUUUGUUUUUGUUUGGGAGGAAGAGGGAGGGCAUGGGAGCCUGAGCCAUCCAGGCUUCACAUUCUUACAAGUGCAUGCUUAGAGAUUACUGUACUUACAGUGUUUCCAUCGUCUUCUCAUAAAAGGAGAAAGCUUCAUAGCCUCAACCAUGCAGGAAACCAGUCGCGUAGGGCAUGGAGCUGGAGAACUAUGAACAGCCCGUGGUUCUGAGAGAGGACAACGUCCGCAGGCGCCGGAGGAUGAAGCCGCGUAGCGCGGCGGCCAGCCUGUCCCCCAUGGAGCUCAUCCCCAUCGAGUUCGUGCUGCCCACCAGCCAGCGCCACAGCAAGAGCCCCGAGACGGCGCUGCUGCACGUGGCGGGCCACGGCAACGUGGAGCAGAUGAAGGCCCAAGUGUGGCUGCGCGCGCUGGAGACGAGCGCGGCGGCGGACUUCUACCACCGCCUCGGCCCGGACCACUUCCUCCUGCUCUACCAGAAGAAGGGCCAGUGGUACGAGAUCUACGACAAGUACCAGGUGGUGCAGACUCUGGACUGCCUGCGUUACUGGCAGGUGCUGCACCGGAGCCCGGGCCAGAUCCACUUGGUGCAGCGGCGCGCGCCCUCUGAGGAGACUCAGGUCUUCCAGAGGCAGCUAACCGCCCUCAUAGGCUAUGACGUCACCGACGUCAGCAACGUGCAUGACGACGAGCUGGAGUUCACGCGCCGCCGCCUGGUCACCCCGCGCAUGGCCGAGGUGGCGGGCCGUGACCCCAAGCUCUACGCCAUGCACCCGUCGGUGACGUCCAAGCCCCUCCCUGAGUACCUGUCCAAGAAGAUUGCCAACAACUGCAUCUUCAUCAUCAUCCACCGCAGCACCACCAGCCAGACCAUCAAGGUCUCGGCCGAGGACACCCCCGGCACCAUCCUCCAGAGCUUCUUCACCAAGAUGGCCAAGAAGAAGUCUCUGAUGGACAUCCCUGAAAGCCAGAACGAACAGGAUUUUGUGCUGCGCGUCUGUGGCCGGGAUGAGUACCUGGUGGGUGAAACGCCCAUCAAAAACUUCCAGUGGGUGAGGCACUGCCUCAAGAAUGGAGAGGAGAUUCACCUGGUGCUUGACACACCUCCGGACCCGGCCCUGGACGGCGUAAGGAAAGAAGAGUGGCCGCUGGUGGACGACUGCACGGGAGUCACCGGCUACCAUGAGCAGCUGACCAUCCACGGCAAGGACCAUGAGAGUGUAUUCACCGUGUCCCUGUGGGACUGUGACCGGAAGUUUAGGGUCAAGAUCAGAGGCAUUGAUAUCCCGGUCCUGCCCCGCAAUACUGACCUCACGGUUUUUGUAGAGGCAAACAUCCAGCAUGGGCAGCAAGUCCUUUGCCAGAGGAGAACCAGCCCCAAACCCUUCACAGAAGAGGUGCUCUGGAAUGUGUGGCUUGAGUUCAGUAUCAAAAUCAAAGACUUGCCCAAAGGGGCUCUGCUGAACCUCCAGAUCUACUGCGGCAAAGCUCCAAUACUGUCCGGCAGGGUCUCUGCAGACACUUCCGGUCCUGAGUCCAAAGGCAAAGCUCAGCUUCUCUAUUAUGUGAAUCUGCUGCUGAUAGACCACCGGUUCCUCCUGCGCCGUGGAGAAUACGUUCUCCACAUGUGGCAGAUAUCCGGGAAGGGAGAGGACCAAGGGAGCUUCAGCGCUGACAAGCUCACAUCCGCAACCAACCCAGACAAGGAGAACUCCAUGUCCAUAUCCAUUCUUCUGGACAAUUACUGUCACCCAAUAGCCCUGCCUAAGCAUCAGCCCAGCCCUGACCCGGAAGGGGACCGGGUUCGAGCAGAAAUGCCCAACCAACUUCGCAAGCAAUUAGAGGCCAUCAUAGCCACCGAUCCACUUAACCCUCUCACAGCGGAAGACAAAGAAUUGCUCUGGCAUUUUAGAUAUGAAAGCCUUAAGCAUCCCAAAGCAUAUCCUAAGCUGUUUAGCUCAGUGAAAUGGGGACAGCAAGAAAUUGUGGCUAAAACAUACCAAUUGUUAGCCAGAAGGGAGGUCUGGGAUCAAAGUGCUUUGGAUGUUGGGUUAACGAUGCAACUCCUGGACUGCAACUUUUCAGAUGAAAAUGUAAGAGCCAUUGCAGUUCAGAAACUGGAGAGCUUGGAGGACGAUGAUGUUCUACAUUACCUUCUACAGCUGGUCCAGGCUGUGAAAUUUGAACCAUACCAUGACAGUGCCCUUGCCAGAUUCCUGCUAAAGCGUGGUUUAAGAAACAAGAGAAUUGGUCACUUCUUGUUUUGGUUCUUGAGAAGUGAGAUAGCCCAGUCCAGACACUAUCAGCAGAGGUUCGCGGUGAUCCUAGAAGCCUAUCUGAGGGGCUGUGGCACAGCCAUGCUGCACGACUUUACCCAACAAGUCCAAGUAAUCGAGAUGUUACAGAAAGUCACCAUUGAUAUUAAGUCACUGUCUGCCGAAAAGUAUGAUGUCAGUUCCCAAGUUAUUUCACAACUGAAGCAAAAGCUUGAAAACCUGCAGAAUUCUAAUCUCCCCAAAAGUUUUAGAGUCCCAUAUGAUCCUGGAUUGAAAGCAGGAGCACUGGUGAUUGAAAAAUGUAAAGUGAUGGCCUCCAAGAAAAAGCCCCUGUGGCUUGAGUUUAAAUGUGCUGAUCCUACAGCCCUAUCAAAUGAAACAAUUGGAAUUAUCUUUAAACAUGGUGACGAUCUGCGCCAAGACAUGCUCAUUUUACAGAUUCUACGAAUCAUGGAGUCCAUUUGGGAGACUGAAUCUUUGGAUCUGUGCCUCCUGCCAUAUGGUUGCAUUUCAACUGGUGACAAAAUAGGAAUGAUCGAGAUUGUGAAAGAUGCCACGACGAUUGCCAAAAUUCAGCAAAGCACGGUGGGCAACACGGGUGCAUUUAAAGAUGAAGUUCUGAAUCACUGGCUCAAAGAAAAAUCCCCUAUUGAAGAAAAGUUUCAGGCAGCAGUGGAGAGAUUUGUUUAUUCCUGUGCAGGCUACUGUGUGGCAACCUUUGUUCUGGGAAUUGGCGACAGACACAAUGACAAUAUUAUGAUCACAGAGACAGGAAACCUAUUCCAUAUUGACUUUGGACACAUUCUUGGGAAUUAUAAAAGUUUCCUGGGCUUUAAUAAAGAGAGAGUACCAUUCGUGCUAACCCCAGACUUCCUGUUUGUGAUGGGAACCUCUGGAAAGAAGACAAGCCCCUACUUUCAGAAAUUUCAGGACGUCUGUGUUAAGGCCUAUUUAGCCCUUCGUCAUCACACGAACCUACUGAUCAUCCUGUUCUCCAUGAUGCUGAUGACGGGAAUGCCCCAAUUAACAAGCAAAGAAGAUAUCGAAUAUAUCCGCGACGCCCUCACAGUGGGGAAAAGUGAGGAGGAUGCUAAAAAGUAUUUUCUUGAUCAGAUUGAAGUUUGCAGAGAUAAAGGAUGGACUGUGCAGUUUAAUUGGUUCCUACAUCUUGUUCUUGGCAUCAAACAAGGAGAGAAACAUUCAGCCUAGUGCUUUGGGCUAGAAUUAAAAACAAGUUGGUGUUCUAAAGCUUUAAAUUAGCAUGUCAGUCAUCAAACUUGGGUUGUAAAUGCCGUAGGACAUGGUGAAAGCUGGCACUUCAGAAAUACAGAUCUUUUCCUGGCUGAACUCUUCACUGAAGAAAAAAGGUUGGCAUUGCUGAUUAUUUGCUUAAGUACCAUUCAGUGCUAGGUUUAUUUGCAGGUUUGUUUUUUUCUCAUUUGUCUCAGGGAUGUUGGAGAGUAUUCUAAGUUUAAACAGACCAAUGACUUCCUUAUCGUGCCUCAUAUUUUGACUACCUUAUUCUUGAGUGCUUCUGGAAAUUCUUUAGAAUGAUUGGUGACAUCUGCUUUCACCUGGGUUUACUCUCAAAUUGGUUAUCCUUAUGUUCUUCAAGCUUUUCACAGAAAAAUAUGUAAUCAUCAUAACCUUUAUCUCAUUUCUUAAAUGAUGUUUCCAAACACCCCUUCAGUGUCUGCAGAUGUUAGUGGCGUGCUAAAAGCAAGGAAAGCAAGCUACUUACUCUUUUUAGUGUCUUUUGCAAUUAGCUUCUUUUACUAUGUGCAACUGAGACACACAAACACAUAAGGGCAAAUCUGAACCUCUGUGCCUUGGCCCUCCUCUGCUGGUCUGGUUCCAGAGUCAUGGAUAUAAAAAAUAGAGAUGAGACCUUUUGUCUCAACUCUGCCCACGAGAGUGAAUUAUCUAGCACAAUUGGUGUAGCCUUCUCCAGCAUGGAAGCAGGCAGUAAGUAAAGGGACUCUUUCAUGCCUGGACAUUUCCUCUCUCCCUUUUUCCCUACUUCUCUUCUUCCUCAAUUGCCACCCUCCCACAGCUCUUUACACACUUGUGAAAUCUUCAAGGACACCCUUACCCUAGAACUCAAAAAUUAGUUGAAAAAUAAUUUCUACUCAAAAAUUACUACAAUUUUAGGGACUUAUUUGUAAAGAUGUUUAGUGGAGUUUUUUAAAAUAUAUAUUAUUAAAGGAAGCAGUCUAAUAAAAUAUGAAUUAGUUUCCAAAUGCCUUAAUUUUAAAUUUUGGUCUGAGUAUUCUUUUUCUUUCUUUUUUAAUGGAAGAAGAUAUUUGAUAUCUUAAAAGUUUUCCAAGUUAAGAACAACACUACUUGCCCUAUCUAUUUCUCAGUUUAAACGACUUUCAAACUUUGACACAUCUUUCAGAUUUCCUAAAAAGAAUUGAAAUGUCUUCCUUAUAAAAAAAAUCUUCAUCUCUUAAAUAUCUUCCUAUUUAUUGCAAGUGUUGUUUACCCUUAUAGAGCAAUCAUUAAAUUAUUUAUAAAAUAUUUUGUAAUUACCUAUAGUUAAUACAUUACAUAGGAAUAACUAUGUUAACAGUGUCUAUGUUUAAGUAUAAUCAGCUAUAAAUACAAAUCUAAUUUUUAAAUUUCCAAAGUCCUGUAUGACUUUGAGAUAGCCCAAUCCUUUCUUUUUGUGCAUGCAAAAGCCCAGUGGUUUUUAACCCUGGAUGCAAAUAAGAAUCACCAGGAACCCCUUUUAAAAGUACCCUUGCCUGAGCCCCACUCCUAGGUUGUAAUUUAAUUCAUGUGGUAUGAAGAUCAGACAUCAGUAUUUUUCUAAUGUGCAGCCAGGGUUAGAAGCCCUCAAUGGCCUCAAAGGUGCUUCCUUGCCCAGUGAGCCUUUCUCCUGGCUCAAAGGUAACUAGAAAGAACUCCUCUUCCUUGACAACUUGUCCUUUUAAAAUCUCAGUCUAGGCUGGGUGUAGCAGCUCAUGUCUAUAAUCCCAGCAGUUUGGGAGGCUGAGGUGGGAGGAUUGCCUGGGGCCAGGAGUUCCAGACCAGCCGG